AUGCGACCGGGUCGGAAUCGAUAUGAAUCGUGGACGGAGGAGCAAUUGCAGGAGCGAUUUGGGAAUAUUGAGGAGAAGAUGGAGGCGUUCUCGCUGGAUAGUUUGAUUCAGCAGUAUCAGCAACGCGUGGAACAGGAGAACGCGCCGGGAUCGUUCUUCGUGGAUGCAAAGGAAGUGGAUCAAUUGAAAGAGGAGAUCGCCAAGGAGCAGGCCAAUGAAUCAUCGAAUGAAUCAUCGAAUGAAUUAUCGAAUGAAUCAUCGAAUGAAUCAGCCAAUGAAUCAUCGAAUGAAUCAUCGAAUGAAUCAGCCAAUGAAUCAGCGAAUGAAUCAUCGAAUGAAUCAGCCAAUGAAUCAUCGAAUGAAUCAGCCAAUGAAUCAGCCAAUGAAUCAGCCAAUGAAUCAGCCAAUGAAUCAGCCAAUGAAUCAUCGAAUAACACGCAUCCAUCCAUUGAAUCAUCCAAUGAAUCCACAGCUUCGUUAUCUGAAGAUGCAGAUUACGAAACGAAGGAUUAUUACAUGACGAAAGAAGACUUCGAGCGUCUUCGCAAUGACGAUGGCACCAUCACGAUCGAUGGCCAACGCCUCCACAUCGAAGACUUCGCAGAAGUCAGUGACUCCGAACUCCAAGACGAAGAAGUUCCCUUCAUUCAACUCGACUCCUCCCCUUCACCCCAGAAGCAUCGCAGCAGUCGUCGCGAUCGUCGCCGCAAACUCCGAGCCAACAACGAAUCCAAAUCCCGUAAACAUUGA